UUGUGUUGUUUUUUUUUUUUUAGGUAUAUACUGCAUCGAUUCUUGUAUAUCUUGUUUUUUCAGGCUCCAAUUCAUAGAUAUACAGACUGUACAUCUGACUGUACAUGCACUUCAACGAAAUCGUGUGACAAACAACCUAUAGGGGCUAUAGCGGGCAUAACUCAAACUUGAACUUCAACUUGAACCUGAACUUCUAGGUUGAUAUCGACGCAUGAUUUGUGAAAAGAACAGGAAUACAAAGCCCAGUCAUGGAAGCUGAAGAUUGGAUGGAGAUCAGAGCAAUAUUGAUGAAUGAAUUAUCAAAAACUGAUGACCAAUUUGACAAAGCUGACAUAAUGAGAAGUAUUAUUGCAACCUCAGGAAUCAACAUGGCCUCAAUGGAAGGGAGGGAUGAAAUCAGUGGCCUGAUUCUGGCAGAACACCUGUCAAAGUAUGCAUCAAUUGUAGAUGAUAUUGAUGGUAUCAAUAAUUAUGCAGAUGACUGUCUUGCUCUUUGCAAGUCAGCCAAGAAUGAAAGUUCCACUUGGACAGCAGGCAUCACUGAGGAUUUUCUGUGUAAGCUGCUACCAGCCAGUUCAGCCCCGGAGCCAUCAGAUCUGGGCCAGCUCCGGGAGGCGGUGGCCGAGAGGCUGAACACCCCAUCAUCUGCUGCCGCGGUGGCGGCGCGGAGUACCGACUUCGGUCCUCUGCGGUCAGCGGGAGUCUCUGCCGCCGCUACCGGACCGGCCAGUCUGCCGCGGCCCGCCCCUCUGUUCCGCGCAGCUGCCCCUGCCGAGCCGGCUGUCCCGGUCCCGGCCCCAGCCCCCGCCCCCGCCCCGGGGGCCGGAAGGUACCGGUUCCAGCCAGUGCGACCCUCGGCUCCGCUGUUCCCGGCGGCUGGUGGAGGGUCAGCCGGGUACAAUGUGGCGGCCCAGGUCAGGUCCAUGAUGGCUCCCGGCUCGCGGCAGGGCAGAGUGGAGCCGCCGACCGAUGCUGACCGCUACCCGCGCGGGCGAGCCGCCAGGGGCAGAGGUUACGGUAAAAGAGCACGCGGCGGCUGGGGCGACGACGAAGCAGAGGAGAACCAGGAUCCGGCGCCGCCGCCAGUGUCCUCCUUCAGAACAGCCAAGGAAGAGCAUCUGCUGAACCAGCUGAAGAGCCGCGGCUACACGGCUGAGCAGGCCGAGAAGCGCGUCACCAGCUCCCUGUACGGGGGACAGCGGCGCGGCAGUCUGGGCACCCGCCGCGGCCCGGCCGGACGCUUCGUGCCGCCCGUCAGGGACGCUGACGAGGACAAUCGUCCAUCAGCCGGCAUGGCGUCAUCAGCGGCUGAUCACGGAGGCGGGGGCGGCGCGGCGGGCGCAGAGGUCCUCCUGGACGAGCGGCUCAAGAACAUCGAGCCGCGUAUGGUAGAACUCAUAACCUCAGAAAUCAUGGACCGCGGUCCGCCCGUCACCUGGGACGACAUAGCCGGGCUGGAGUUCGCCAAAAACACCAUCAAGGAGAUGGUGAUCUGGCCUCUACUGCGGCCGGACAUUUUCACCGGGCUGCGCGGCCUGCCCAAGGGCCUGCUUUUGUUCGGCCCUCCCGGUACUGGCAAAACGCUAAUCGGUAAAUGUAUCGCCAGCCAGUCCCGGUCGACAUUCUUCAGCAUCAGCGCCUCGUCGCUCACCUCCAAGUGGGUGGGCGAGGGGGAGAAGAUGGUCCGCGCGCUGUUCGCUGUCGCCAGAUGCCACCAGCCGGCAGUGGUGUUUAUCGACGAGAUCGACUCUCUCCUCUCUCAACGCUCCGAGACGGAACACGAGAGCUCGCGGCGCAUCAAGACAGAGUUCCUCGUGCAGUUGGACGGCGCGGGGACCAGCGGCGAGGACCGUCUGCUGGUUGUCGGCGCCACUAACCGGCCUCAGGAGCUGGACGAGGCGGCCCGGCGCCGGCUGGUGAAGCGGCUGUACGUGCCGCUGCCGGACGCCGCCGCGCGCAGACAGAUUGUGGAGCGUCUGCUGAGCUCGCAGAGACACCAGCUGAGCGGCGAGCAGCUGGACGCAGUGGCCGCCGAUACCGACGGCUACUCGGGGGCGGACGUGGCCAACCUGUGCCGAGAGGCGGCGCUGGGCCCCAUCCGCUGCAUCGGGCCCGACCAGAUCCACGACAUCACCCCCGAACAGGUCCGGCCGCUGAUCUACGACGACUUUGUGGCUGCGCUGGCCAACAUUCGAGCCAGUGUGUCGCAGGAGGACCUGCAGAUGUACGUCGACUGGAACAGGCGCUUCGGCACCGGCGGAGCCAGGUAGCCGUCAGAGGAGGCGUUAGCUAGUGGGCCGAGGGAUCGGAGUGAUAGGAGACAAACGAGGGAGCGGAAAGGUAGUGGAGGGCACAGAACGGUGAUGGACGGGGAGCCGAAUGACCGCGUAUGAGGCAUACGUGGGAAUGGAAUGGCAGUGGAUAGGCGCCGAUGACCAACGCAGUCUGGGCGCCCUAAACCCCCAAUUCAUCAUCAUCGAAUGACGGUGGACGGGGGUGAAAUUGGGAGGCUGAGAAGUCACUGACCAUUGACCACACUGUUAUGACUAUGAGAACCAAGGUGGACGGGGCUGCCAAAGACCGCCGACUGGUGUUUGUCGCAAAGGUGCGUUUGAACUUCGUUGUGAUCCUUGAUGUUUGCGUCCUAUGGCAAUGCAGUUUGUGCCGUGUGAGUAGACCCGUUUGCUUCAAUGGUAGCAAGUUGUGGUGUGACCUGAAAAUCUGUGAUAACCGGUUCAAUGCUGGAUGGCGAUUCAUUGGAAGGACUCGAGCUCUGCUGUAGUGAAUCGAUGCCUGCGUUGCGUUAUCUAGGUUAUAAAGUAUGAAGCGUCUUGCAUUUGCUGUCUGUCGAGUGAAUCACUUGGACAUAUAGCAUCAAGCCAUAAAACAAAUGUUAUGUCAUUCCAACUCGUACUACUUAGCGUCUCUCUCAUUCAUGAAACUUUAUAGGUUUUCUAUUUUCAAUAUAUAACACUCAUA